AUGGCGGUACCUACCUCGUUGCGGAGAGCUGUGCUCGCCGGAAUCCUCAUCAUCGCCCUCUUCCUCUUCCUCAGGCCUUCCUCUCCAUCUGCGCCCGACCCUCCGUCCUAUCAAGGAACUCCAGAUCCAAGAGAACAACCUACUCGAGCCUACCCUCCUCCCCAAUCGCCCAAGAAACCCCAAGUGGACCAAACAUCCAUUCAAGACAUUGCUUCCAAGCCCUUGAGAGAAAGAUUAAAAUUUCACUUUCCCUAUGAUGUGGAAUCCAAGUUUCCUGCCUACAUCUGGCAAACGUGGAAGGCAGGACCCGACUCGGGCAACUUUGAAGACAGGUUGAGGCCAUUUGAGGCAUCUUGGUCGACCCUGCAUCCUGGCUUUGUGCACGAAGUCAUCACGGACGAGGCCGCGUUGCACCUCAUCAACUAUCUUUUCGCCUCAGUACCGGAGAUCAUGCAGGCAUACGAAGCGAUGCCCCUGCCGGUUCUGAAGGCGGAUUUUUUUCGAUAUUUGAUCCUCUUGGCUAGAGGCGGCAUCUACAGCGACAUCGACACCAAAGCACUUCAAAGUGCUGCAGAUUGGCUCCCCGAAAAACUCGAUCGGUCUACGGUGGGUUUGGUGAUUGGUAUUGAAGCAGAUCCAGACAGACCGGAUUGGAAAGAUUGGUAUGCUAGGAGAAUACAGUUUUGUCAAUGGACCAUCCAGUCUAAACCGGGCCACCCAGCUCUAAGGGAAAUUGUGGCAACCAUCACUGAAGAUACUCUCGCUAUGAAAAGAGCUGGCAGCCUGAGAAUGGGACGAGCGCCGAAGAAGUCGAUCAUGGAAUAUACCGGACCCGGUGUCUGGACCGACACCAUCUUUUCCUACCUGAACAACCGAGAAUACUUCGAUUUCAGCUCGCGGAAGUCCAACGUGACCUAUUCGGAUUUCUUCAACGUGCGGGAGCACAAGAAAAUUGGCGAUGUGAUUGUGCUCCCAAUCACCAGUUUCAGCCCAGGGGUUGGGCAGAUGGGAUCGGAAGGACCGGAGCAUCCGAUGGCCUUUGUAAAACAUGAGUUUGAUGGAUCUUGGAAACCUGCAGAUGAACGGAUGUAG